CCGCUCUUCCUCCCGCAGCGCUUGGCCGGCGCCACCCUCCUCAUCCUCGCCAACAAGCAGGACCUGCCGGGGGCCCUGUCGGCCGAGGCCAUCCGCGAGGCGCUGCAGCUGGACAGCAUCCGCAGCCACCGCUGGCGCAUCGUGGGCUGCAGCGCCGUCACCGGCCACAACCUGCUGGCCGCCAUCGACUGGCUGCUCGACGACAUCGCCGCCCGCGUCUUCACGGCCGAGUGACCCCCGCCCCCGGACGCC